AUGAACUUGAACCUGUCUGCUCAAUCGUAUUUCAAGCGAAUGUUUCAAGAGGUCCCUGACUUGAAGGUCCUUUUACUGGAGCGAGAAACUACUAAAAUUGUUUCUUCUAGUAUAACUCAAUCAAACCUUCUAGAGCAACAAAUAUAUUUGACUGUCCUUGUUGAAAACCAAAGAGAGAAACUUAGACACUUGAAAUGUAUUGCUUUUUUGAGGCCAACUUCUCAGACUCUACGUUUUCUAUGUGAAGAGUUACGUGAUCCGAAAUAUUCAGAGUACCAUUUAUACUUUACCAACAUCUUAUCCAAAAGCUUUCUAGAGCGACUGGCUGAGUCUGAUGAUUUUGAGGUGGUGAAAAGUGUUCAGGAAAUCUUUCUGGACUAUUUGGUAGUAAAUAAUGACCUUGCAUCUUUGAAUGUACCUCACGUAAUUGACAACACGCCAGAUUCAUGGUUGGAUUCUUCCUUAGAACGUACUCAGCAAGGCUUGAUCUCACUUUUACUAUCUUUAAAAAAGAAACCUUUGAUUCGUUACGAUGUAAAUAGUUUCCUUAGCUUAAAGCUUGCUGAAGAAGUUGAAUACAUUACACAAGAUGAAGCCCAGCUUUUUAAUUUCCGAAAGUCUGAUACUCCUUCCAUAUUACUUAUAUUGGACAGAAAGAAUGAUCCAAUUACCCCUCUAUUAACACAAUGGACAUACCAAGCCAUGGUUCACGAGCUUUUUGGAAUAAAUAAUGGACGUGUGAGUUUCCAGAAUACCAGCUUGCCGGGCGAAACAACUGAAAUUGUCUUAAAUCCGGUUCUUGACCCAUUUUAUAGUGAAACACGUUUUGAUAAUUUCGGAAAGCUUGGUGCUAAAAUCAAAGAAUAUGUCUCUCAUUUACAAACGAAGUCUACGAAGAAGGCUAACGAAAUUGAAAGUAUUGCUGACAUGAAACAGUUUCUAGAAACUUAUCCUGAAUACAGGAGGCUUUCCGGAAAUGUAAACAAGCAUGUGUCUUUAGUUAGCGAAAUUUCAUUGAAAGUUCAACAGGAGAACCUUUUGGAAAUAGGCGAAAUAGAGCAAUCAAUGGUUUGCAAUGAAGCUGAAACUAUUGACUUUUCUUACAUUCAAAAAUUGAUAUCCUCUGGUAUCUCGGAAAAUACAAAACUUCGUUUGGCUACCCUGUAUGCGCUACGUUUCGAGAAGAUUGAUCCUGCGAAAGUAACUUCUCUUCAGGGUUUGUUGUUGGCGAAUGGUGUGAGUCCCAUGAAAGCUGCUAUCAUUCCAACUUUAUUACACCUUUCAGGAGCCGGUGCUCGCCAAGGUGAUAUUUUCCCUCCGUCAAACAUUUUUUCGAGAGCCCGUAGUGGGUUUAAAGGACUUCGGGGUGUAGAGAAUGUUUAUAUUCAACACAGUCCCUUCCUCAAAACCAUUGUUGAAGACUUAAUUCAAGGGAAACUUAAGGAAAGUACACAUCCAUACUAUAACGUUGGUGCCACGGCUCAUAAUGUUCAUGAAAAACCUCAGGAUAUUAUUAUUAUGAUGGUCGGUGGUGCCACGUAUGAAGAAGCCCGUUUUAUUUCAGAAAUUAAUGCCACACAUCCUGGAAUUCGAGUGGUCUUAGCCGGAACGACGAUCCAUAAUUCUUCUUCCUACAUUGAUGAUAUUAUGUACAUGGCUUCGAGAAUUAAAUAA